UCAAAACUUCGGAAGAAACCCUAGCUUAUAUAUCUUUGUAUACAGGUCGAAAGUGCCAACGCAGCAGCUACAAUGGCGACGGCGAGAACUGUGAAGGAUGUUUCCCCUCAUGAAUUCGUUAAGGGUUACGCCGCUCACCUCAAACGAUCUGGAAAGAUGGAGCUUCCUGAAUGGACUGAUAUUGUGAAGACUGCUACUUUUAAGGAACUUGCCCCCUAUGACCCUGACUGGUAUUAUAUUCGAGCUGCUUCUAUUGCUAGGAAAAUUUAUCUGAGGGGUGGUAUUGGUGUUGGUGCGUUCCAGAGAAUCUAUGGUGGGCGUAAGAGGAACGGUAGUGCUCCACCACAUUUCUGCAAAAGCAGCGGUGGUAUCAUUCGUCAUAUCCUUCAACAACUGGAAACAAUGAAAAUCAUUGAUAUGGAUCCCAAGGGAGGGAGAAGAAUCACUUCAAGUGGUCGGCGGGACCUUGAUCAAGUUGCUGGGCGAAUUGUUGUUGCUGUUUGAUUCCAGUCAUAUUUUUUUAUGUUAUGUAGCUUAUACAUUUAGCAUGAAGGAACAAAUUUUGGUUGUUUUUUGUUUGGUGCAUUUGUGGAUUUGGCUUUCUGUUUUGAAUAUCAGUACUUGUAUGAGUUAAUUCACUGUAUUCAUGUUUGAGUUAAUUUAGAAGUUGGCUUCAUGUGAAA